AAGUCUCCAUUUGUUACACUAACACACACAAGUUCCCAUCUUCAUCAUAAGCCUUGCCAUCAGAGAGAAAGAGGGUCACUCUGCAAUGGUUUCUAAGCUUGGUGGUGACAUGGAGGAUGCUGGAACUGGGCCUGGAACUAGGCCCAUCUGAAAUUCUGAACAAUAUUCAUCUCUUCCUUCUUCUAAUAAGGUUGAAAUUCCUAGCUAAGAAGAAGGUAGUGUAAGGCAGAUUUUUGAAGAUGAAAGAAAAUUUUUGUGAAGUAGCAUAUACUUUCAACUAGUUUGGUUCUUCUGGGUGGAGUUCCUUCACUUGGUGUUUAUAGUCAUGGACCCGUUUUGGGUUUAUACUUCUUUUGGAUCCAACCAUCUCAAAUGUGCAAAGAGCCAACUAGAGAAGGUGGGGAUUGGUUUUUUUCAUUAUUAUGAAGUUUGAGGUGAAAAAUGCCCAUGAGUUGUGAGCAACUGAUUUUGCUUACAAAAGUUUGGUUCAAAAGAAAGGAUCUAGUAAUAGAAGCACUUUUGACUAUGACAUUUGUGUCCUGAAAUUUCCCUUUUUCCUAUGAAUCAAGGAGCACAAAGUGUCUGAGUUGAAUGGCUAAAUCCUCUUUGCAAUUCUGAAAUCUUAUUGGUCCUGGAUAUUAGCCAAUUUCUUUUGACACCAGACAGACCUGAUAGAGUGUCAGGAACUAUUGUGGAGGAAGAUCUCCUUUGUUAGUGUAACCCUCACUCUUAGAACAGGAAGCUCUCUUCCAGCAGUUAUUUAAGAUUCAGUUGUACUGGGCAAAUCUCCUUUGGCAAAAGUUUCUUAAUUUCAUUUGGUUAGAUUUCAAGUAGUAGAAGUACAUGAAAAACAAUUUUUGCCUUCUUAAAAUAUCAUUCAGCUUUCAAAAAACAAGUGUUAUCAUUCAGAGGUAAUUUCACUAGGAACUCCACCCUUUCUUGGGGGCAAAUCUCCUUUGGCAUCUUUUAGAUUAUCUUGGUUUGUUUCCUCUAAUAGCUAGACUUUUCUCUGGAUAGUUUUGCUUGUAGAAAUUUUUGUUGUUGUAAGUCUCUUCCAAAGGUUCAAUCUGUGAAAAUUCCAUUCAAGUCGGGCAUAUCUCCUUUGGCAUUUUGGAGUCCUUGAUUCCUAUAAUUGGGUUGUAUUAUCCUCAGAAAAUCUCCUUUGGCCUCAAAUCUUCAGUUUCAAAGUUCAGAAUAAUCAUUUGGAGAAACUGUUUGUGACUAAAAUCAGUAUCAAUUAGAAAUAUUUUGUACUACAACAGUUAUCCAUUGAAAUCAAUAGUGGCAAAAGUUUUGUGAUCACUAUACACACACUGGGGUUUGAUGCUUCAAUUUGCUUGAGAAGGUAUAUAAUUGAUGGAUCCUAUCAUUAGUGAUUCAGACUGGGAGAUUUCCAGUGACAGCAACAGCAGUGAGGAUCAAGAGGAAAUAGAUUUUCUAUAUGGUGGAAAAGCUCAGAGUAUAUUAUCAAGUUUAGAAGAAACCAUUGGAAGGAUUGAUGAUUUUCUUUCAUUCGAGAGAGCAUUUGUUCAUGGAGAUGUGGUCUGCUCCUUGUCUGAUCCGUCUGGACAAAUGGGUAGGGUAACAAGUGUUGAUGUGUUUGUGGAUUUGGAAAAUGUUAAAGGAAAAGUAAUAAAAAAUGUAAACUCGAGGAAGCUUUUGAGGAUUCGCUCCAUUUCUGAAGGUGAUUAUGUAAUUAAGGGACCAUGGCUUGGUAGAGUUCAAAGGGUGGUAGACAAAGUCACUGUAUUGUUUGAUGAUGGAGAUAAAUGUGAUAUCACUGCCUUGGAAAGAGAGAAAAUUUUACCACUGACUGGUAAUUUUACUGAAGAUUCACAGUAUCCAUACUAUCCUGGGCAGAGAGUAGAAGUUAAAUCCUCCAAUGCUUCUAAACCAACUAGAUGGCUGUGUGAUACUUGGAAGCGCAAUCAUGAUGAAGGAACUGUUUGUGCUGUGGAAGCAGGCAUGGUGUAUGUUAAUUGGAUUUCUUCUGUUCUUAUGAGUUGCAAUUUGAGUGUGAGCACUCCUCAAUGCUGGCAAGCUUCUGAAAAUUUGACUGUGCUAUCUUGUUUUUCACAUGCAAAUUGGCACCUUGGAGAUUGGUGCAUGCUUUCAGUUGUAGACAAAGAGGAAGAGGCUAUUCAGAAUGCACCUAUAUGUGAUCUUACCAUGGAGCAAGGUGUGUCCAGAGAGUAUAAGAGAAAUAACUUUAACUCUCACAUUGGUGAGUUGUUUAUAAUUGGGAAGAUAAAGACCAAAGUUGAUGUUGUGUGGCAAAAUGGUGAACAUACUUUGGGAUUGGAUCCAGAGAAUUUACUGCCUGUGAAUGUUAUAAACAAUCAUGAGUUUUGGCCACACCAGUUUGUGCAGGAAAAAGGUGCUUCUGAUUAUCCUCUUAAAACUAGAAGUCAAAGAUGGGGUGUUGUCCAAUGUAUGGAUGCAAAGGAGCGUACAGUAAAGGUACAAUGGAAAACUAUUUCCAUAUCCAACCCAGAUAAUUUGACUGGAGAAAAAUUGGAGGAAACUGUGAGUGCUUAUGAACUUGUAGAGCACCCAGAUUACUCCUGCUUUUUUGGUGAUAUUAUGUUCAAAGCGGCUCAAAAACAGCUUGGCAACCAAGCUGAUAAAGAAACAGCAAAAUCAGUGACAGACUUGAAUGCAGAGACUUUUCCCAAAGAUGGGAACCAAAUGGGUUAUCAGGACGAUUUCCCUGAUAACUAUUUCAUGUCCUGUAUUGGCAAUGUUACUGGUUUCAAAGAUGGCAAUGUGGAGGUGACAUGGGCAACUGGUUUCACAACUAAGGUUGCACCAUAUGAAAUUCUUCGAAUUGAGAAACACGAAGAUUCAACUGUAACCACCACUCCUUACGAAACAAAUGUUGAAGAAUUAACUCAGGAGAUGAUUGAACAUGAGACUCUGUAUUCAAACCAGAAGGGAAACGAUCUAUUAAAUGGUGAUGUUAGUAGAGAGAAUUGUGAAAAGAAUCUUGGGGAAUGUAGUUCUUUUUCCCUUCCUCGAGCAGCCUUUGAACUUUUCUCCAGCAUUAAAGCCAGCAUAUUCCAAACAUUCAGUGGAGCUCUACUCUCAAGAGCAGUUUCCUCGUUACCUACAUUUGAAAAUGAGAAUGGAUACGAUUUUGUUGAUAAGAAAGAUUUGGAAACUUGUGAUAUCUUUGCUGAACACCAUCCAAUGACUGAGCUGCAAUCUACUGAAGACAAAAGUUCAUAUCCUGAAACUAUAAAGACUCAUGACAAGAAUGAUUUUCCAUUUUCUUUAGACUCCAACAGUCCAAACCAGUUCAAGCAGUUCGAUGUGAUAGAAAAUUGCCCUGAUCACCAUUUUUUUGAUGAGGGAAAAGGGUUGUCUAUAUCACAGGUAAAAAGAGGUUGGGUGAAAAAGGUUCAGCAAGAAUGGAGCAUCCUAGAGAGAAAUCUUCCAGAAACUAUUUAUGUUCGUGUUUUUGAAGAAAGAAUGGAUCUCAUGCGAGCAGCUAUUGUUGGUGCUUCGGGCACCCCUUAUCAGGAGGGGUUGUUCUUUUUUGAUAUAUGCUUCCCUCCGGAGUAUCCCAAUGAACCACCCAUGGUGCACUACAAUUCUGGAGGGCUCCGAUUAAACCCUAAUUUGUAUGAGUCAGGAAGAAUCUGUCUGAGUCUCCUUAACACUUGGACAGGCACUGGCACUGAAGUGUGGAACCCUGGAGCCUCCACAAUUCUCCAAGUUCUUCUCUCUCUACAGGCACUUGUCCUUAAUGAGAAGCCUUAUUUCAAUGAGGCUGGAUAUGACCAACAAAUUGGCAGGGCAGAGGGAGAGAAAAACUCAGUCAGUUACAAUGAAAAUGCUUUCCUUGUCACAACCAAAUCGAUGAUGUAUGUAUUAAGAAAGCCACCAAAGCAUUUUGAAGCACUGGUGGAAGAGCACUUCAGAAACCGCUCCCAAAAUAUACUUCUUGCUUGUAAGGCAUGUCUUGAAGGAGCUUCCAUUGGAUGUGCUUUUGGUAGUGGAAAAACUGAACAUGAAAACCAGAGGGGGACUUCAGCAGGAUUUAAAAUUAUGCUCGCUAAGCUCUUCCCUAAGCUUAUAGAGGCAUUGAGUGAUAAAGGAAUUGAUUGCAGUCAGUUUGUUAAUCUACAAACUACAAAAGUAACUUUACUUACAAAGAUGUAAGUAACUACCAAAAAUCCCGACCUAGAUAUUCCAAUCUUAUGUGUAAUAUUUAUACGUUUACAUAUCUGUAUAAUAUCAAAUCCAAACUUGUGGUUUGAAGGUAUGCUAUUGUUGACAAAAGGAUCAAGAGUAUCAUAAGUGUGCCUAUGAUAUGUGUAUGUAUUACAACAUAGCUUCUAGAAGUAAAAUAUGGUAUAAGAAAUACAACUAUCGGAGUGAUUUGCUUUGUCUUUCCCUCUAUUUAA